ACACCCCUGUGGUGACAUUAAGUAGUGGUAUAUUCCAAUAUGGCGUCCAAAUAUUAUCAAGAGAUGCAGGAGAAUUUUAGAAAUAACAACAAAAGCAGAGAAUUCCCUGCGCAUAGCGCUAAAGUACAUUCAGUAGCAUGGAGUUGCGACGGUCGGAGGUUGGCUUCUGGAUCGUUUGAUAAAACAGCAAGCGUAUUUGUCUUAGAAAAGGACCGUUUGGUUAAGGAGAACAAUUACAGAGGCCAUUCAGACAGCGUUGACCAGCUAUGUUGGCAUCCGACCAAUCCAGAUGUGUUCGUCACUGCUUCAGGGGACAAGACCAUACGCAUCUGGGACGUCAGAACAACCAAGUGCACGGCUACCGUCAACACCAAAGGGGAAAACAUCAAUAUCUGUUGGAGUCCCGACGGCCAGACAAUAGCUGUCGGAAACAAGGAUGACGUGGUUACGUUUAUCGACGUGAAAUCCCAUCGGUCACGAGCGGAGGAGCAGUUCAAAUUUGAAGUCAACGAAAUCUCCUGGAACAAUGACAAUGACAUGUUCUUCCUGACCAAUGGCAAUGGGUGCAUCAAUAUCUUGAGUUAUCCUGAGCUGAAGCCCAUCCAGUCAAUUAACGCCCAUCCUUCCAACUGCAUCUGUAUCAAGUUCGACCCUACGGGGAAGUACUUUGCCACAGGGAGUGCAGACGCGCUGGUUAGUCUGUGGACGGUUGAGGAACUGGUGUGUGUUCGCUGUUUCUCCAGGUUGGACUGGCCAGUGAGGACAUUGAGUUUCAGCCAUGAUGGCAAGAUGCUUGCUUCAGCCUCUGAGGAUCACUUCAUAGACAUCGCCGAGGUGGAAACUGGAGAGAAGCUGUGGGAGGUCCAGUGCGAGUCCCCUACUUUUACGGUGGCCUGGCAUCCCAAGAGGCCUCUGUUGGCAUACGCCUGCGACGACAAGGAAGGGAAAUACGACAGCAACCGAGAGGCGGGCACCGUGAAGUUGUUCGGAUUGCCCAAUGAUUCGUGAGCCGGUUUGAAUACUCACUCCUUUAGUUUGAUAGAAUGAUUGGCCCUAAUUCCUAUCCCGAUGAUUUAAGACCCCUUCUCGGUAUGUUUAAUACAACAUUUUUGAUGUUCAAUGGAUAUACGUAAACGUGAUGUCUGUGUUAAUUGCGAUAUGUCAACAUUUUUCUUUAAGUCGAAUGUUUUACUUUUCGGAUGAUUUUUUUUGCUUGGAAAGUGUGCCUUCUUGGAUGUAAAGCAAGCAGAUGGUUCCAUUGACUAUAAAUGAAUGUGGGUGUGUGUACUGUUUUAAAGUAUGGAAAAGUCAAGGAUUGAGAUGUCACACUUCACUAAUGAGGGAAGAACACUUGACACUUCUCUUUACAACCACCAGAUGGCACUGUAUCUCAAUGAGUUUUUGUGUACAGUUUUCAACAUUCCUGUUUUCAUGCAUCUGAACAGUGUUGUACCAUAUUUUCUUAAAAUAGUUUUUAGUAUUAAAAAUGAAUUCUUUACUGA